CACUGAAGAAUGGAGCUUACAGCAGGUCAGUGGAGUGUCUGGAAGCUCUGGAACGCUCCAGGGACCCUGUCCCGGCCACAACCCGGACUGUCGUGUCGAGCCAACGAAAGUCAAAGUGCUGAUCCGAGCUAUCGCAACGUGGAUUAAUGUCAUGUCAAUAGUGCUUUUUGUUUUAUUUUUCUUACCUGGAUUCUUACAACCGGUGCCUGUCGACUUCACCAAUUCAUAAUAGAGAACCAUCACACACUCGUUUUCGGUCUUACCAUCUAUUCUUGCUCAAUGCGAAUAUUAUCUAUUUUUGAGCCACUUUGGAAACGCUAGGCCCCUUACGCGACAGCAAUAACCUCAAAGUGGCCAGCAAAACCCCUGUACAAAGGCGUAUCAGGGUAUAGUCUGCCCAAGCACGAAAUUACGCGGGAGCCGCCGUCGACAACACCGUAGAACUCUGCGGUACAGAACAGGAUCAAAGAGUUGAUAGACGGAGCCGUUGCGACAGGGGGAAUCGAAAGAACAGUGAACCUUGGAAGACCUCACGUGGUUGCUGACGAAAAAACGUGAGCACAGCUGUAACGACAGCGCCAGUUAUCGCCUCUGCGAUAGAUUAUCCUAUCCCAAGAAUAGAGCGAGAGGACGACUUGCUGAAGCAUUCACCAUGCUUCUCCCUGGUGGUGGACUUAACUGGAAGGCCGCAAAGGCCCAGAUGCCUCCAAGCAGAGUAUUGCGAAGCAAUUUGACACGAUCACGAUUGCUUCUCCUAAUAGGCGUUACUGGCAUUGUGAUGCUGCUGUACCGUACUUUUCGAGCACCACCCCCGGGACCACAAAAUGUUCGUUGCUGGGGCCCAAACAAGUCGCCCAUGGAAAUGACACCGAACGAGCAUGCUCUAUGGAAUGCACACAUGCAGACACCUGUCCUCUUCAACCAUCAUAAACCACUAAAAGUCGAAUCUCCUUCGAUCCAGCACAUUGACUUGAACCCGAUCACCUCGAGCCCACAGGCCCUCAUCCGAAACGAACGAGUAUUGAUCUUAACACCUCUGAAGGACGCUGCUCCGUUCCUCAAGAACUACUUCAAACUCAUCGCAGAGCUCACUUAUCCGCACCGUCUGAUCGAUCUCGCCUUCUUAAUAUCUGACUCGAAAGACGAUACACUUGCUGUCCUUGCUUCCGAGCUUGACCACCUACAAAAGCGGAAGGAUGAGGUGCCAUUUAACAGUAUUACCGUUGUCGAAAAGAACUUCCAUUUCCACCUCAGCCAGGAUGCAGAACAGAGACAUGGAUUUGAGGUACAAGCGCCACGUCGCAAAGCUAUGGCUAAGGCAAGAAACUACCUCUUGGCUACAGCUCUGAAGCCAGAGCACUCAUGGGUGUACUGGCGUGACGUUGAUAUUGAACAAGCGCCAAGACGGAUCAUCGAAGAUUUUGUUGCGCACGAUAGAGAUAUUCUCGUGCCCAACAUUUGGUUCCACAGGUUCGAGAAGGGUGUUGAUAUCGAAGGUCGAUUCGACUACAACUCAUGGAUCGAGUCCGAUAAGGGCCGAAAGCUCGCCAAUAGCCUGCCGAAGGACACAGUCAUUGUCGAAGGCUACAAGGAAUUCGACACUGGACGCGAAUACAUGUGCAAGAUGGGAGAUUGGCGCGAAAACAAAGACGUUGAGGUUCAACUGGAUGGUAUUGGUGGUGUCAACAUUCUCGUUAAGGCAGACGUUCAUCGCUCAGGCAUCAACUUUCCAGCGUAUGCUUUUGAAAACCAGGCUGAGACCGAAGGCUUUGCCAAGAUGGCCAAGCGUGCCGGUUAUCAGGUCAUUGGUCUCCCGAACUACAUCGUAUGGCAUUACGAUACACAAGAGAAGGGCGGUAACUUAUGAUGAGAUCCGCAAUUUUGAAGAGAAAGUGGACUUGAUCUUUGACCUAACUUAUCUACCUGACGACUCUCGACCACCUCACUCCAUACACGCAGACUCAUGACGUUACGCCGUUAACGUUUCCAACAUUUUUCCAGACCAGUCGGUCGAUGUUCACCUUCAAGCUAAGCUUGGAAAUGAGCAACAAAACAUUAUCCUUCAGCGAGUAAUUAUUUCGUUCGAUUCGACUCGAUCUGUCGUGUAUUUAAUACGGUCAAUGUGGGCGCUAGGGGUAUCUACUGGAGGAAGGGGCUAAAAGCGAAGCAGAUGCUUUUUGUAAUAUUUGGGAACUGGUUUCUUAUUAUCAGUCAGGAACGCGCUGUGCCAUGAAGACUCAGCAGUAAUGUGUGUUAGGAAGAGGGAGCUUUAUAUGGAGGGAGCUGACGGAGUAUGGAGCCAGAUGUAAUAUAGGUAGUAUGAGUCGCUCUCUGGAGUUGAGGAUACACUGAUGAUGAUCAUCAGUAUAAUUAGCCAAUGGAUUUCCCAUCGACUAUGCUUGAACAUGAGCCGACGAACUUAACUAGUAUUCCUGCAAUUCCAGCUUGUCAAGCAGUGGAGAGGUGGAAAAAGUGAAUACUACUUUAUGAAAGAACAACUCAAGCAUGAACAUACUGAAAGAACCAAGCUAUUACACCCAUCAUAUCUCACUUGCGAAUGGCCUCAUAUUUGGUCGGAGUGACAUGGGUAGUUCAGAUUGGCCAUUUGAAUAUUG